UCAAGAUUUACACUCAAUAUUGACUGAAAUCUAUCCGCAUGCCUUCAAUUGAGUAUUUAGUAGCCUGAUACAAUGAGAUUCACGCUUUAUUUUUGUAUAAUUCUUUCAGACGUUUCACUUGCCGAGAAAAUGGUAUACGCAAGUUCCCGUUUUACUUAAAAAUUCCAAUCCCGCACGACAAGAGCAAUGUCGUUUUUACAUGUCUUCCCUGUGGUUACUCGCAAGCCGACGUGGCCUUCACCCUAAAGCCAGUCCAACCCUCAUAACUUCUCCAUUCAUUCAACGAUUACCACGACUUCCUCCUACUCGACCAUUCAACUGGACACCAAAGCAGAAUGCGCAGUAUCAAAUACAACCCAGAUUCACCGGGCCCAAAUACCAACGCUUCAGUCAAAAUAAGAUACCAUUCUAUCAAUCUAAACGCUUCUGGGUUACCACUGGCACAGGCACUGUGUUGUUUGGUGGAUAUUAUGUUACGCAUUUGGAGACAGUGCCUAUCAGCGGAAGAACUCGGUUUAUGGACAUUACCCCCCGUCAAGAAGAAGCUAUGGCAAAACAAGCCUACGCAGAAAUUAUGAGCCAAUAUGGAAACCGAAUAUUGCCUCCCAACCAUAGACUGUCCAUCUUUGUCACCAAUGUCGCUAAACGUAUAGUGCAAGUGUCUGGCAUGGAUGACUUGAAGUGGGAGUUUCAUGUCAUAGAAUCACCGGAGAAAAAUGCUUUUGUUCUGCCGGGUGGGAAAGUCUUUGUCUUUACCGGCAUCAUACCCAUUGUCCAAAAUGAAGAUGGUAUGGCAGCUGUCCUUGGGCACGAGAUAGCUCAUCAACUCGCAAGACAUAGUGGCGAAAAGCUAUCGUUUGCCAAAAUUCUGUUUGUGGUGCAAAUCACCUUGUCCCUCAUUGGCAUCGACCCUUCCUUCAUAUUCAACCAACUGAUGCUGAACUUUGGUAUCAUGAUGCCUUUCUCUCGUAAAUGUGAAACGGAAGCAGAUAGUAUUGGUUUGCAACUGAUGGCUCAGGCAUGCUUUGAUCCACAUGAAGCAACGAGAGUCUGGCAGAGAAUGGAAGCGUCUGGAGGCAAGGAGGUACCACAAUUCGCCAGCACACAUCCGAGUCAUAAGAAUCGAGUUCAAAGACUUGAAAAGGAGUUACCGAAGGCUCUCUCCAUUCGAUCUUCAAGUGACUGCAGCACUGAAAUGCGCGAUUAUGCAGAGAUGUUUCAGCAAGUGUGGACUCGGUGGUAGAGAAAAGAUAAUGCAAUAAGAUAUUUCAUUUCCAAGGAUAGGGUAAAUCACGAUAAUUAAAAAUAGGAGGCCGAUAUAGCAUUGUGCAAUACAAUGUGGAUAGAAUUAAUUUUGGCGGUUUAUGCGUCUGCUAAACGUUUACCAACUUCCUCAAACACCUCCAAAAAGGUUUCUGGUUGUUGGGCUCCUGAUAGAGUGUACCUUGUAAAAAAAUAAUUGAAUAAAUGACAUAUCGAUCAAAUUAAUUGCAAAA